CUAAAGAUCCUUUUUGAACUAUCCAAAUCAUGUCUUCUUUCUUAAUACCAUUCAAAGUCAUGUUCUUCCUCAUACUUGUCCUGCUUCACUCUUCCCCUGUUUUUGCUUCUUCAUCCUCCAUUGCUGCACUUACAAGAGGUAAAGAAGCGGAAGCUCUUCUAAAAUGGAAAGCUAGCCUUGACAACAACACCCAAACUUUGCUCUCUUCUUUGUGGGUUGGAGACAGCUAUUGCAGUUGGGUUGGAAUUACCUGCGACAAGGCUGAAAGCAUCACCAAUCUAAGCCUUCCAGAUUAUGGGUUGAAAGGUACACUUCAUAGUCUUAACUUUCUUUUCUUCCCUAACCUGAUGAGGCUUAACCUUCGUAACAACUCACUGUAUGGGCCCAUUCCCUCAGACAUUGGGAACCUUUCCAAGCUCACCUUCCUUGACUUGUCAUACAAUAACUUUUCGGGGAAUAUUCCACCCGAAAUUUGCUUAUUGAAAGGUCUUGAGUUGAUUUCCUUAGCAAGCAAUGAGAUCGGUGGUUCCAUUCCAUUAGAGAUGGGGGGCCUGAGUUCAGUUUCCGAGAUCUAUUUCUUUGAUAACUAUCUGCGUGGUUCUAUCCCCGCUUCCAUAGGAAACUUGACCAGCUUAUCCAUUCUCCACCUUCAUCAAAAUAUGUUUUUUGGAUUGAUACCUCAAGAGAUAGGGAUGCUUAAAUCUCUCACUGACUUUGAGUUGGCCCAAAACAAUUUCUUUGGUUCAAUCCCUGCUUCUAUAGGAAACUUGACCAACUUAUCCAUUCUUUACCUUCAUCAAAAUAUGUUUUUUGGGUCGAUACCUAAAGAGAUUGGGAUGCUUAAAUCUCUCACUAAAUUUUUGUUGAAUCAAAAUAAUUUCUCUGGUUCAAUCCCUGCUUCCAUAGGAAACAUGUCGAAACUUAUGAAGAUACAUCUUCACUAUAAUCAUUUAUCAGGGCCAGUUCCUUCAACGCUCGGUAAUCUUACUCAUUUACAAUCAUUAAAAUUAUCAGAUAACCAUCUCAGUGGUCCAUUACCCAAAAAUUUAUGCAAGGGUGGACAACUCGUAAAUCUUUCGGUUAUCAACAACAAUUUGACGGGUCAUAUGCCACCAACUUUGAAAAACUGCAAAAGUUUAUACAGAGUUAGGCUUGAAGGAAACAACUUUACAGGAAAUAUAUCAGAAGCUUUUGCUGUGUAUCCGAAUUUGAAUUAUAUUUCAUUAAGCAACAAUAGAUUUUAUGGUGAACUUUCUCCAAAAUGGGGGCAAUGUCAUAAUCUAACAAGCCUACAAAUCUCCAAUAACAACAUUUCUGGAAAGAUCCCACUAGAGUUGCAACAUGCAACUCAGUUACAGGAACUUGAUCUCUCAUCAAAUCAUCUUGUCGGUGAGAUUCCCAAGGAAUUAGGAGCGUUGACAUUGAUGUUCCGUCUUCUGGUAAGUGGUAACCAACUUUCCGGUAAAAUUCCACCAGAGAUUGGAGUUCUUUCAAAUCUACAGCAUCUUAACUUGGCAUCAAACAAUUUAAGUGGUUCAAUUCCUUAUCAAUUUGGAGAGUGCUCAAAGUUAUUGAAUUUGAAUUUGAGCAAAAAUAAACUUGGAGAAACCAUUCCAUUUUCAAUAAGCUUCAUAUAUGGUCUUCAGAUUCUAGAUUUGAGUCAAAAUUUGAUUAUUGGAGCGAUACCACAACAGCUUGGGCAAUUACACACCUUGGAAAUAUUGGAUUUUUCUCACAAUAUGCUCAAUGGUUCCAUUCCAAUUUCUUUCAAUGAUUUGCGAAGCUUGACUGUUGUGAAUAUCUCUUAUAAUCAAUUAGAAGGCCCUAUUUCCAAUAUUAAGGCAUUUCAAGAGGCUUCAUUUGAUGCCUUAAGAAACAAUAAAGGACUAUGUGGUAAUGCCACUGGAUUAAUGCCUUGUGUUCCUAUCACUAGCAACAUAAAGGGUCACAGAAAAAGAACCAGACUCAUCAUGUUGAUUGUGAUUCCACUGUUUGGUAUUCUGCUUUUGCUAUUUAUCAUGGCUGGAAGUUUCCUUAUUCUUUGCCAAAAGAAGCGAACCAGAAAAUCUGAUGAGUCAAGGGAGGCACAACAUGGAGAUAUUUUCACAGCAUGGGGAUCUAAUGGAAGAAUACUUUAUGAGAACAUUAUUGAAGCCCUUGAAAAUUUCAACUCCAAUUGUUGCAUUGGUUCAGGAGGAUAUGGAACUGUUUACAAAGCUGUGUUACAAACUGGUCAGGUGGUUGCUGUGAAGAAACUUCACCAAUCCAAAGAUAGUAUACUUAUCAACAUCUUGAAAGCCUUUGAAAGCGAGAUUCGUGCUUUAUCAGAAAUAAGGCAUCGUAACAUUGUGAAGCUGUAUGGAUUUUGUUCACAUCCAAGGCACUCUUUUUUGGUUUAUGAGUUUGUUGAAAGGGGAAGUUUGAGAAUGGUCUUAAGAAACAAUGAAAAAGCAGAGGAGUUGGAUUGGAAGAAGAGGCUAAAUGUUGUUAAAGGAUUGGCCAAUGCUUUGUCUUACAUGCAUCACGACCACUCACCACCCAUAAUUCAUCGAGACAUUUCCAGCAAUAACGUUCUCUUGGAUUUGGAUUAUGAGGCUCAUGUCUCAGACUUUGGCACAGCUAGGCUUUUAAAGCCUGACUCCUCAAAUUGGACCACAUUUGCAGGCACUUUUGGAUACAUUGCUCCAGGUAUCAUUUAUUUACUACUAUAUGUUAAUUUUGAAAUACUGGCAAGUGGUUUAAUUCUUCAUUUGAAGUAA